AUGGUUUCAAGAUGUUGUAUCUGUAAAAAUGUUGAAGAAUCUCUUGAGCAUAUACUGUGGAACUGCAACUAUAGUGAAAUUAUAUGGAGUUGUCUAGGAGGUAUAUUUUGCUUUAAAAAUCCUAAAUCUUUUGAAGAAAUACUUAACUCAGCAAAGCAAAAAAGCCCCGCAGUAAAAGAAAUAUGGAGAGUAACAGCAUUCAUAACUCUCAAAGAAUUGUGGUUUCAAAGGAACAGGUGUGUGUAUGAAGAAGAAUCUUUCAAUGAACACAACAUAAAGACAAGGAUAAUGAAAUUCACUACAGAGAGUGAAGAAAGAAUGAAGAACUAUAUGUGGAAUACAUCAUAUGACCUUCAAAUACUGAAACACUUUGGGAUGAAAUGCAGAAAGUUAAAAUCUGUUGUUGUUAAAGAAAUUUUUUUCAAGUUGUCACAGAGAAACCAACUUCUGCUAUGUUGUGAUGGGGCUUCAAGGGGGGAUCCAGGGAUUGCAGGUCAUGGAAUAAUUGCUAGAAAUAAUGUUGGAUAUUGUGUAAUAUCCAUUGCAGGUGGAUUGGGGAUUGCAACAAAUUUCUUUGCAGAGAUCAUGGCAGUCUUGUGUGCAGGUGAAUGGGCAAUCAAAAAUGGGUUUAGAAGACUCCUCUUCAGAUCAGAUUCAAAAGCAGCAAUAGCAGCUUUUAAAAAUGCCAAAGUUCCAUGGUUUGCAAUAUCCAGAUGGGAGAAAAUUUGUCAGAAUGUCAGAGAAUGGGAUUUCAUCCACAGUUACAGGGAGAUAAAUUUUUCAGCUGAUGACUUGGCAAAAAAGGGUGCAAAUCUACAGAGUGGUGAAAAACAUAUAUACACCAGUAAACCACCAUUUCUAAUGAACUUAGAAGAUGAAUUGAAAACAUAUUAUAGAUUUGGAUAA